AUGGCCUCGGCAGUGAUGGUCAAUGGAGGCCCACCCACUCCUGAUAUUGUAGAGGUCAUGAGGCUCCUGGAGAUGGGCCUGGUCACCACAAUCUUCUUCUACAGGAAGCGACCAGAGAGACGCACCUUGAAGGUCAAGCUGGAGAGCCGGCAGCUGAUGUGGAUCAAACGGGAGGCAAGUCGUCCAGAAGGCAUUGCAAAUCUCCGGGAUGUGAAAGAAUUCCGAUGUGGAAAAAACUCCAAAGACUUUGAGAAGUGGCCAGAUGAAGCCAAGAAGGUGGACUCUCGUUUGAGUUUUACUGUGUAUUAUGGGAAUGAUUUCAAGCUAAAGUCUUUGUCUGUCAUAGCCAAUAGCUAUGAUGAGUUCAACUACUGGAGGAAAGGGCUGGACUAUCUGGUCAAGGAGACCAAGGAGGCUUGUCACCAGCUGCAGCUAGAGAGGUGGCUACGAAAGGAGUUCUACCUUAUGGAGAAAAUUGGCUCUUACGUGGUCACAUUAAAGAAUCUGAAAGCAUGGCUGCCGAGAAUCAACUAUAAAAUGUCCACAAACAAACUGAGGGAGCGCUUUCAGGAGUUUGAUGUGGAGAGUAAAGGGGAGAUCAACUAUGAACAGUUUGCAGCUCUCUAUCACAGACUAGUGCAUGUACAGUCGAUCACAGAUGAAAACUUUGAAAAGUAUUUUGAACCAUUUGGGGAAGAAAAGAGAAUGAGAUUGGAAAGUUUCCAGCAGUUUCUUAUUGAAGAACAAAAAGAAGUCAAGGCCAGCGAUGUUGGCUAUGUGAAACAUCUGAUGCUGGAGUUUCUGGAUGACCAAGUGCGAGCAGCCGCGGGACUUUUCUUCACACAAAUUGAGUUUGAAGAUUUCCUCUUCUCACAACACAAUCCGUUGUUUGACAACAAGUAUGAUAGUAUCACACAAGACAUGAGCCAGCCACUGUGUAUGUACUGGAUUGCUUCCUCUCACAAUACGUACCUGACAGGAGACCAGCUGUACAGUAGCUCUUCUGCUGAAGCUUAUGCCCGAGCUCUCCGCAUGGGUUGUCGCUGUUUGGAGUUGGAUUGUUGGGAUGGACCUGAUGGUUACCCCAACAUCUACCAUGGCCACACAUUGACCUCCAAGAUCAAGUUCACGGAUGUUCUGAAGAUCAUCAAUGAUCACGCUUGGGUGACUUCUGAGUUUCCACUGAUACUGUCAAUUGAAAACCACUGCAGCUUAAGUCAGCAAAGAAACAUGGCAAUCGCUUUUAGAGAAACAUUUGGAGAUAAACUAUUGGUGGAACCAUUACAGAAAGAUGCAGCAGUGCUUCCCUCCCCUAGUGAGCUGAAGUUCAAAAUCAUUCUUAAGCACAAGAAACUUCCAGAAUGGGUUGAUGGCAAUGAGUGGCGUUAUGCAGUCUCCACAGAGGACAGUGGGAACCUGGAGGUGGAUCUGAGCACAUCAGUGAAGAACGGCAUCUUGUACCUGGAGGAUCCCUAUGAUGGGACGUGGCACCCUCACUUCUUUGUGCUGAAUGGAAGCAAGCUGUAUUAUGCCGAGGAGACCCCAAGUCAGGACCAGGAUGAGGAGAUGGAGGAUGAUGAUACAGCUUCUAUUGAGGGUCGACCUGUUGAUGAACUUCACUUCAGCGAGAAGUGGUUCCACGGCAGACUUGAGGGAGGGAGGAAACGAGCAGAGGAACUGCUGCGGCUUAGGCUUAUAGCGCUAGACCUAUAUUUUUCCAGACAAGAAAGGGGACAGGUCAAGUACUACCUGAUCGAUGCAGUGACCUUUGACAGUCUGUACCACCUGAUCAUGCAUUACCGGCAGUUCCCGCUGCGCAGCGCUGACUUCACCCAGGUGCUCAAGGAGCCAGUGCCUCAGCCACAGAGCCACGAGGAUAAACACUGGUAUCAUGAAGGCAUGAGUCGGACGGCAGCAGAAGAGUUGCUCAAGAGGGUGCCAGACGAUGGGGCCUUCUUGGUACGACACAGCGGGACAGAUCAGUAUUCAUACGCCAUAUCAUUCAGGGCUGAUGGCAAGAUUAAACAUUGCCGAAUCAAACUGGAAGGUCGGCUGUUUACAAUUGGUAAUGCCCAGUUCGAGUCUCUGGUCGAACUGGUACAGCACUAUGAGCACACACCUCUCUACAAGAAAAUGAAGUUACGGCUCCCGGUCAAUCAGCAGUUUGUGGAUAUGGUCAACAUG